GUCAACGCUGGGAUGUGUGGGUUGCAAUACAUCUAUGACAUUACUUAUAGCUAUCCGAAAACGGGAGUAAAGGAUUUUUCAGACAACACUACUGAUUCUCAAGUGACGUAGUUAAACAGCCAAGAAAAUGUCACUGCAAGCCUUGUAUCCCGCACAAACACUAAUGGAGCCGAUGUUUGAGUUUAACGACACCGACAGCUUCUACCCCAGGAAUAUAAAACUCGAGCCAAACACGGACAGCUGCUGUAUGGAAAAACGGACAGACGCCACGUACACAGACCUGACCCGCAGCCCGUACCACGUAGACCCGUCUCUGUUGGCCUCCAUGAAAGAAGACAUGUCAGAUUUCACAGACAACAUGUCGUUUGACAAUCUACUUAGCUGGACCGCCAAACACCCCGAACACUGGAGCAACGCCGAAGUCCUGGACUGGCUUUACUACCUCGUCGACACCCACAAACUAGACGGUGCGCACCUGCGAGGGGAGAAUUACCAGAAUCUGUCCGGGCAGAAACUCUGCCAGAUGACCAAGGAAGACUUCAUGUCGACAGACAACCAAUUCGGAGCCCUGCUGUUCGAACUGUUCGCACAAGUUAUUGAACAAUCAAAAUUCACGGAGCCCCCUUGCAUCGAUUCGGUCAAUCCGGACAGUUACCCUUUCUUCGAGAACGGCUACAGCGCCUCUAGCGGGGAAAAGACGAUCGAUGGCGACGCCUCCAGCCACAGUCUGGACCUGAACGACAUAGCUGUGUUUAUUGACGCGCUGGGUGACAAGUGUGUCGAGAUCGCCGGACACACGUACGACAUAGGGUCAGAGGUCAUGGACUGCGGUUAUGUUAGUGCAGAAUCAGAAAUGGAAAACUUCUCCAGAACUUCCAUCAGCUCUGAUGGUAUCGACAGCUUCCCCCACUCCGACGAUGAUGACGUCAUGUCGCCAUCAUUGCCAUACAGCUUCGCGCCAACACCGACCAAUCGGCGAUUCUCUUCGAGCUCGUCUGACGAGGGCUGCUGUGACCUGGAGAGAUCGAACACCGAGAAACUCAAGAGAAAACCUCCUUCUCCAUCAAAGGGCAACCAUUUGUGGGAGUUCGUGAGGGACCUGUUGAGGGACCCCCAGCUGAACCCCUCUCUCCUCAGAUGGGAGGACAAGGAAGCAGGGGUCUUUAAAUUCGUCCAGUCAGAGGCCGUCGCUAACAUGUGGGGCAGGAAGAAAAACAACCCCGGAAUGACGUACGAGAAACUCAGUCGCGCUAUGAGAUUCUGUCGCUCAGCUGGCUAUUUUAGUGAAGUACCCAAGAAUGGCAAGUUCCCAAAGAAACUGUGCUUCCGGUUUGGACCAAAGGCCUAUGGGUGGAAGGAUUGAACUGCUAGAAGACCACCAACUUGCAUAGACUGCUACAAUGGCUGAAUGUACAUCCGGGUGCUGGCACUCGACACUGGUCUAUAUAUAGCCGAUCGCCAUCCCACAGUCAUCUGUCAUUCGCCUAACUAUGAUAUUCAUUGCAUCAUGAACAUAACUGAUAUUGGAAACUUGCCAAGUUAUGGCUUCACGUAUAAUACUUCUGCAUUGCAUUAGCGUCACUGCAUUUGUGUGUCAUGAACAGUAUACUCAGCGACAAAUGGAUGUCAUGACUAUGGUAGCUGCCUGACAUCAUCUAGGAAACAGCCAAUCCAUCUUUGAGUAUGACGUCAUCGGUGACACUGUGUAAUGCAAGAGAAGUUCUAAUUUUAACCAGUAUGGUUAAUUCCGAGUAUCCCUUGCGGGGAUUGAGAGCAUUGUGUACAUAAAACUACAUACUAACUCAGUGGCGGUACAGGAGGGGUGCUCGUUUUUGUCACUAACAUUCGCCCUUUAUUUAUCUAUUUAUAUAUGUAUGUAUGUAUAUAUAUAUGUAUGUAUGGACAAGGCUUUGUGAAGAAACAUGUUACACUCCCCUGCACCCCCCUCUGGAUCCGCCACUGUAUUGCGUCUUACCGCAGAUAGACAUUAACAGAAGUAGUGGUAUUUGAUAAUCUGAGUGACUGUACAGGCACUCGUGUUGAGCAAUAUAAUGGACAAUUGCACUAUAAGUGUAGUGUUGCGCUUGUAUAUAUGGCUUACAUUGAAUGGUACAUUGAUGACCCUGACGUUAUAUUUGAUAAUAUUGUUAUGAACAUUUUGUUAUAUAUUUUCUAUGUUGUAAUGUAUUAAUAAUAAUAAAAAACAUAUUUUGACAA